AUUUGGUCGUUUUCAAUGUUUACCGAUAGCUCGGUCAACCCCGCUUUGUGGUUCCGGUAAAUCAUCGCCCCGUGAACAACACAACGAAAAUUCGGCAUAUAUCGAUGGUUCAAUGAUUUACGGUUCAUCCGAUUUGGAUCAAUUCAUGUUCCGACAAGGAAGUUUCAUGAGGACACAAAUGAUUCGAAAUCGUACUUUUCCAGUAAUUGAUAGCAAUCAAAAUAUCAUUGCUGGUGAUGAUCGAGCUAAUCUAUUUGUCGGUUUAGCUGCUCUUCAUGUACUUUUUGUUCGGGAACAUAAUAGGAUAGCAUCAGUAUUAAAAGAAUUAAAUAUAAAUUGGGAUCAGGAUCGAAUUUUUCAAGAAACACGACGAAUUAUUGGUGCUGCCAUACAACAUAUUACAUACAAGGAAUAUUUACCUCGUAUAUUAGGCAGUAAAUUUAAUGAAUUAAUUGGUGAUUACAAAGGUUAUGAUAAAAAUGUGGAUGCAACGAUCAGUAACGAAUUUACCGGAUGUGCUUUCCGAUUUGGACAUGGAAUGAUACAGGUUUGA